AUGUGUGGAAAACAUGCAUGCGCUCCUUAUUUUCACAGGUUUAAAUCCCAAUCCUGUUUUGAUUGUCCUUGUUUUCAGGUUACAUUUACCAUCAGUGUGACAUCUCAAGGUUGUCCAAAGCAAGGAAAGCCUGAGACAAUCAAGAUAAAGCCUCUGGGAUUCACAGAGGAGGUCGAGAUCACCCUCAGCUUUAUCUGUGAGUGUGAAUGCCAUAAAGAGGGUGUCGCCAACAGCGAUGACUGUCACUUUGGGAAUGGGACCUACGAAUGUGGAGCCUGCAAGUGUUAUGAGGGACGCGUCGGCAAACGGUGUGAAUGCAGCAGCAACGACGUGGCUACAGAGGACAUGGACCGCACCUGCCGCAAAGAUAACGGCACGGACAUCUGCAGCGGCAGUGGCGAAUGCGUGUGCGGCACAUGCGAGUGCAAGAAGAAGGACAAUUCGGAGGAGCGGUACAGCGGACAGUACUGCGAGUGUGACAACUUCAACUGUGACCGCUCGGAAAGCAAACUGUGCGCAGGUAAGGCAACAUAAUGGAGCGCUGAAAGCAAUUAUGAGGCU